CGUCGAACACGUGUUCCCAUGGAAAUACGCGUAAACCAUGGAAUCAAACGCCGCUACACUGGCGUCGAACGGCAGAGCGAAUGACCGGACGUGACGUCACCGCCCCCGCUCCCCUCCCUCCCCCGUCUCUCCGGGCUGGAGCCUCGCUGCUGCGGUUCCGUCUCGCUCGCUGACCCGCCGGUUCCGGCCGAAGAUGGCGGCGGCCCCGGAUCCGGAGGAGGACGUGGCGGACCGCAGACCCAUCCGGAGGGUUCGGUCCAAAAGCGACACGCCGUACAUCACCGAGGCUCGGAUCUCGCUGCACCUGGAGACAGCCGGGGAGGUGGAGCGUCUGGCGGCGCUGCGCUCGGACUCGCUGGUCCCGGGAAGCCACACCCCCCCCAUCAGGCGCCGCAGCAGACUGGCCAGCCUGGGCCGCCUCUUCAAGCCCUGGAAGUGGAGGAAGAAGAAGAGCGACGCCUUCAAGCAGACGUCCGCAGUGCUGGAGAGGAAGAUGUCCACCCGCCUGAGCCGCCAGGAGCUCAUCAGGAAGGGGGUCCUGCACGAGGUCUUCGAGACAGGUGAGAGGUCGGCCCCGGCGCCGGAGUCCUCGCAGGACCGGCCGGAGCCGGAGGAGCGCAGGCCCUGUGGCCGGACCGCCGCCGCCGCAGGCCCUAUGGACUUCCAACCCGCUGGGGAGUCCAGCCCCGCCCCUGCCGCCAUGAAGGGCCCCGAGUCUCCGUCCAGGAGCAAGCAGCCGCCCGCUCUCCCGCCAAAGCCCUUGGGCAGACUGACCAAUCACGUCUCAGAGGUCAGCGCAGGGUUCCGGAGCCAGGCCCCGUCAGAGCUGCGAGGCGUGGCUGUCCUCCCGCCUGCAGAUGGCGCCCCAGCCAGGCUGCCCUGCGUGAAGUUGUCGCCUCCUCUACCUCCAAAGAAGCUCCUGAUGUCGGUGCCCGCCUGCAGCCUGGAGCCCUCGCCACUCAUCUUCCACAAGUGCCACGCCCCCCUGGCAGGCCACGCCCCCCUGCACCCGCCCAGCCGCAUCAUCGAGGAGCUCAACAAGACGCUGGCGCUGACCAUGCAGCGCUGGGAGAGCUCCGGGAUGCCCACGAGCGGCAGCGGGGACGACAAAGAGAACCUGCCCGACGAGGCCGACGAUGAGGAGCUGCCGGGGGAGGAGGAGGAGGACGAGGAGGAAGAGGAGGAGGAAGAGGAUGACAGUCUUCUGACAAACUCUCUGGCUCUGAGGGUCCUGAGGAAAGACUCUCUGGCCAUCAAGAUCUGCAACCGGCCCACACAGAGGGAGCUGCUGGACAAGAACAUCCUGCAGCUGCAGUCGGACCAGGAGCGGCUGGAGUCCAGGAGGCAGACGGCCAGCAAGCUGACACGGCGGCUGAGUCAGCGUCCGACAGCAGAGGAGCUGGAACAGAGGAACAUCCUCAAACCUCGCAACGACCAUGAGGAGCAGGAGGAGAAGAGAGAGAUCAAGAGACACCUGUCCAAGAAGCUGAGCCAGCGACCCACGGUGGAGGAGCUGAGAGAAGCCAAGAUCCUGAUCCGCUUCAGCGACUACGUGGAGGUGGCCGAGGCUCAGGACUACGACCGCAGGGCCGACAAGCCCUGGACCAGGCUGACGGCCGCCGACAAGGCUGCCAUCAGGAAAGAGCUGAACGAGUUUAAAAGCACAGAGAUGGAAGUGCACGAGUCCAGUCGUCACCUGACCAGGUUCCAUCGUCCUUAACUACUGAACGUUCUAUACUCUGCGACUCUGGACCGGAUCCUGGGACUCGAGUGACUCGGGCCAACAGAAGCACAGCCUCCAGGCUCCAGUCCUUCAUGAGUGAAGAGCGUCAUCUUCUCGUCACAGUGCCAACAGUCUGUUGCCUUCAGAGUCGCCGUGCGUCGCCAUGAACCGGCGCCUCGGGGGCUGCUGCACGGCGGGACGUCCUGAGCUCCUUCAGAGGCCCCUCGCAGCCGCUGGCCUCUGUGGCAGGGCGUGGAGACCCCGUGACUGCGGUGACCUCUCAUUCUGUUUACAGCCUAGACUCGCUGUGUGCGUGCGUGUGCGUGUGUGUGUGUGUGUGUGUGUGUGUGUGUGUGUGUGUGUGUGUGUGUGUGUGUGUGUGUGCGCGCGACUCUUGCCGUCGAUCAAGUUUUGUACAGCAGAGGCAGAGCAUGUGAGCGAGCGCCGUCUUCACCAUUAAAGAGCGGCCCCCGCUGACUCGGGACCACAGACGAGUCAGACUCAGUCGGCGUCAGCUUUUAUUGGCGCGUCAGCUGGGCUGUGGGCGGGAGCUAGGCGGCGUGCGUGGGCGUGCCGCAGUACUUGUGCCACAGAUCCACGGCCUUGGUGACGAUGGCGUCCGUGUUCUCCUGCGGCAUCUGAGGAGGGGAGGCGGUCAGGCGCGCGGGCACCAGCGGCGGGCGGCUGCCAGGACUCACCUCCCGCAGGAAGCUGGCGAUGGCGUCUCCACGGGCCAGGCCCAGCAGCAGGAUCUUGUAGCUGAGGAGGAUCUCCAGUGCCACAAACACCAGGACCUUGCAGGAGCCGCUCACCACCUUGUCCCACACCCUGCAGACCACAGGCCGGUCAGACCGGCCCCUGCCCCCUCCCCCGCGCGCACGGGUCUCACCUCUGCAGGCUGGACUCGGGCAGGCAGCCGGCGAAGCAGCGGCGGAACCACAGCGUGUAGGGCAGCAGGGGCAUCGCGCCGCAGCUCCUCAGGUGGGCCAGCAGGCGGGGCUCCUCCUGACUCAGGUAGUGCUCCAGACUCUUGGGCUGCAGACCACCACCAGAACAGGUCAGCCUGGCUCCAGCCACUGGAGACGCUGCGGCCAAAGCGGCGUACCAAG